GAAAAUACCCACGUCCUUUUUUAGCUCAUAAGAUAAUAAAACCCAACCAUUCCCCUCUACUCUCUCUCUCUCUCUUCUUUUCCUGUUUCACUUUUCUUCUUUUCUCUGGGACUUGCUAAAGUUUCCGGCAAUGGCUAUUCCCGCCCUCCAAUCUCCUCCUCCUACUCUUGCUUUGUCCGCUUGGAAUGUGAUUCUCUGUCUCCUUGCCCUGCAAACCCAGAGAUCCUCGGCGGUGCUGCUGGCCGGCCUAAAGAACCACCGCGGCCACCACCACCACCACCUCCGCCCGGUCCUCCAGACGAACCAGAGCUCCUGCGCUCUGUUCAUGGGAACUUGGGUCCGCGACGAGACGUACCCCGUUUACCAGUCCUCUGCCUGCCCCAUCAUCGACCCGGAAUUCAAUUGCCAAAUGUAUGGCAGACCUGACACCGAUUACCUCAAGUACCGCUGGCAACCCGCUGAUUGUGAGCUUCCCAGGUUCAAUGGGCUCGAGUUUUUGAUGAAGAUGAGGGGGAAGACGGUGAUGUUCGUGGGAGACUCUCUUGGGAGGAACCAAUGGGAGUCGUUGAUUUGUCUGAUUGCAGCCGGGGCGCCUCGAUCAGCGACCCAGAUGAUCCGGGGAGAUCCUCUCUCCACAUUUAAGUUCUUGGAGUACGGUGUGGCGGUAUCGUUCUACAAGGCGCCUUAUCUGGUGGACAUUGAUGUGGUGGAAGGGAAGAGGGUUCUGCGAUUGGACGACAUAUCGGGGAACGGCAACGCGUGGCGCAAUGCCGACGUGCUGUCGUUUAACACCGGUCACUGGUGGAGCCACAAAGGAUCUCUCCAGGGGUGGGACUACAUGGAAUCGGGAGGAUCGCUGUAUCAGGAUAUGGAUAGAUUGGUGGCUCUGGAGUCAGGCAUGAGGACUUGGGCCAGAUGGGUUGACACCAAUGUGGACACAUCAAGGACCGUUGUCUUCUUCCAAGCCAUCUCUCCCACUCACUACAACCCAAUGGAGUGGAACAGCGGGGCGUCGGGGAAGAGCUGCUACGGCGAGACGGUGCCGACAAGCGGCGGCAGCUACCCGGGGGCAUACCCGGAUCAAAUGAGGGUAAUUGAGACAGUGUUGAAGGACAUGAAUAGCCCAACAUAUCUGCUGGACAUAACAAUGCUAUCAGCAAUGAGGAAAGAUGCACACCCCUCCAUCUACAGUGGUGACCUGAGCCCAGGGCAAAAGGCCAACCCUGACCACUCUGCUGACUGCAGCCACUGGUGCCUCCCUGGCUUGCCUGACACUUGGAACCAAUUGUUCUACACUGCCUUGUUCUUCUAAUGUUUUACUUGUGAUUUUAUUAAUUAACCUUUGUGUUGGCUAAUAACCAGAGUUGAUCGAAUGAUCUAUAUAGGUUUACUACUGUUAGUGUUACAUAGUAUUGACGUUACAUACUUCAGAAGUGGGUGCGAAUUGCACCUCUAGAUGUCUAGCUUGUAAAGUAUCGGAAUUUGGGAAUGGGGAACGCAGAAGUGUAGUAUUUGUUCUUGGGAAAUAAGUUAAAAAACUUGUUCCAAUGCUGAGUAUUUGAAGUCAGUUCAAUCUUGCUUCACUUGUUAUUACUAAUCAAUCUUGUUUCUCGAGUCU